AUGGCCAGCAACCACGCAAUGCUGCUUCUCCUCUAUGGAGAAAUCUGGACAUCACUUUCUACAGCCAUACCUCUAAACCCUUCCGUGAAUAAAAGGAACGCGUACGCCAGCAUCAGGAGCCCGGCAGAAGACAAAGCUCCUCUGUAUCAACUGCAAGCAAUGGGACCCAGUUUACACAAAUCUGGGGAAGCACAGACGGCGACGACAUCGCCUCAGUUCCCCAAAGCACAGGCAGAGCCCAGCGAUGGAGGCUGGAUAACGGCACUGAUAAUUGGCACCAUUUUGAUCAGUAUGAUAGUGGCCAUUAUGAAUUUGUGGAAAUGCUGCAAGCGGCCCGCUCUGGUUGACUCAAACUGGGCCGGUCGUUCUCCGUUUGCAGAUGGAGACACACCAGAUGUCUUCAUGGACUCUGACCAGGCGCCCAAACGUUCAUCACUUGUAUUUAUGUUGCCUUGGAAACCGAAACAAGACACACACUUGCAGCAUGAUCCCAUUGCAUCAGAGAAGCCCUCCAGCGGCACCGCCAGCGAUGAGAACAGCCCGCUGCCUCCGCCAGCACCGGACUCCCCGGACCUGCCGCCUCCGCCCGACUGGCUGAAGGAGCCGGGCGAGGACCGCGGUUCAGACCCGAGCAAACCCCAGGAACCCUGCUCAGAACCAGAGGAACCGCUGCCCCCACCCCCUGCGUCACUCAUUCAAGAGAUUCCCCAACCCCCGCCCCAGCUGCCUCCACCACAACACCCUCUGUAG